AUGGCGCAGGCCGCGCAGAGGCUGCUGCAGCGCGUGGCCACGCGGGGCCCGCAGCUCGUGUCCGCCGCGCUCGCCUACUCGCGCCCGCGCCUCGCCACCUUCUGGUCCUACGCCAGGGUGGAGCUGGCGCCGCCGACGCCGGCCGAGGUGCCCAAGGCCAUCGAGAGCAUGCGGGCCAUGGUGCGCGCCUUCCAGGCGGGCCGCCUGGCGCAGCUCACCGUGCGGGAAGCCCUGAGGAACGGCUUGGUGGCCACCGAGGUGCUCAUGUGGUUUUACAUCGGCGAGAUCAUAGGCAAGGGCGGCCUCAUUGGAUACAACGUCUGACGAGCGCGCUCCGUAGUCCCUGUCUGCUCCCUCCUGCCUCCCCGUU